GACAGUUUUAAAUUAGGCUGGCGCUGCAACGCUUGUGUUGAUUUAAUAGAUUGUGUCAUUCUUUCUGACAACAAAGUGGUCUAAUGUUUCCGUUAUUGCCCUAAAACUAAAGAGGGUUUGUUAAAAUACUUCCUGAAACAUAAAUUAGACCUUACUUCUCCAAGACUGCCUGCUUUAAAAGUCUUGAGAAAACUUUGAAGAUGUUCUUAAGGCGUUUCUAGUAUCAGAUCCUGUUAUUUAAGAAGAAGAAGAAGAGUCCUGUUUUUAGUUUUCAUCAAAGCAAAACAAGAGUCAUUCUCUCAUGGCCAAUAACACAACAACUCAGGCUUCAUACAUCCAAGAGGAUCCACAGACAGAUGAAUGCUGUGAAAAUAUUCCACCUAGAGGUCCUAAUGUAGUUGACUCUUCAAAGCUAGAAAAUGCAGCACUGAAUGAAUCAGAGAUUUUCACCUCAGAGUUAGGAGAAUAUAAUGUGAAUGUUUUUGACGUCCAUGUCUUUUCCACUCCUGCUCCAAAGAAAAACAGUGAGGGCCAGGCAAAGACACGGUUGUCUGGUGUCCAGUCUGCUCUAAGCCCAAUCUUACAAUACCUAAAUAUUGGGAAUAGAAUUUCGUCUCCAGAGCCUUUUAAACAUCAGAAUAGUCCAAAUUUCACAGUUCCUUUUAGUUUUCCUGCUGCAAAGUGUCAAAAAUCAACGGGAGAAUCAAGGAAACUUAUUGGUGGUGAGGAUUUCUCUAUGAUCAAUGAUGAAUGCUUUCCGGAAAUGACUCUUUCUGAACUUACUGCAGAUUCAAUGAUGCAGCUGACCACGAAUGAUUCUGUCCUUCCUGAAUGCCCACCUGCAACACCUCAGCUGUAUGGUAAAAAGACACACAUCCAGACAAGUGCUGGAGAUCACAAAAAAAGCUCUCCUGAAUUGCCACCGCCGGCCACAGACCCUCGUUUCACGGCAGCUGAAUCCUUUGAGAGUGCUCUUUCAUCCCGAGAGAUUAUUGAUAAUUACUUUCAAGAAAUUACUCUCCUAGAUAUUUCACAAGACUCGGGGCUCUCUCCAGUUAGCCAAAAGUCCUCUAUGGACAUCACACCAGUUGUUGCACCUGCCGGUCAUAUGAAAGCCAGCCGAGCUGCUUCUGACCAUAGCGAGCAAAUUAUGGCAGCCACAGUCACAAAUGACGAAGUGUCCAGCACAAGUGUGGAUUCUGUCCAGUGUGCAAGGCAAAGCUUAAUCAAAGCAUCCUUAGACGUAACCCAAGAUGUUACCAUGGGUAGCACUUUGGAAAACAGCAGGUGUACAUCAGAGACGAGUGAUCAAAAAGUGGAGAAAUCUCAAAAUUCAGACAAUGGCACCCGAGUUAUAAAUGUUACUCAUGACCUAAACUCAUCUGGUGACACCUGUGCUCAGGGUGCCGGCAUCUCUUCCUCCAGCAUAGACAGGUCCAUCCCUGAGUUUUAUCCCGAACCCAGAGAAAAGCCUGAUUCUGUAGACGCUGACAUGGAUGGGCUGCAGGCCAGCUGUGACACAAAGGUAUCCAACAAGGGGUCACAACAAAGCCCAGAAUCAGAGACCGGUGGACAAAAAGUGGAGCAAUGUCAGGAUUCAGAUGAGGACGCACUCUGUUCCCAAGCUAUUAAUAUUACACGUGAAAUAAACCCCUGUAGCGACGUUUCUGCUCAGACUGCACACUUGUCUUCCUCUGACACGGACAAAUCCUUCCCUGAGUUGCAGCCUGAACCCAAAGAAAAGCCUGAUUCUGUAGAAGCAAAGACUGAAGAGCUGCCGACCAGCUGUGACACCAAGUCAACCAGCGAGGAGUCACAACAAAGCCUAAAAUCAGACGUGUCUACAAACGGCACGUUUACUGUCGAGCAGCCCUCUGUUGCGAGUGUUCCCUCUGACAUUAACAUCCCCGGCCCAGUUUCCUGCCAUAAUAAUGAGACUCUGGAUCUUCCAACAGCUAAUGAAAGCAACCCAAAAGAUGUAGGAGAGAGCAGCGAUCAGCAAAGUUCUGUCAUAAAUCAAAGCUGCUCAGGUGAAAAGGAAAGGACAUGCUCCAAAGGGCAGAAUGCCACUUUUGACAAGGAUCCUCUUCAACAAUCCAAAACCCAAAUCGGUUCCUUUGAGAGAACUCCUGCUUCCCUUGGUCAUGGGAACGAUACGUUUGAUUGUAAACCUGCCUCACAGCAAAACAGCACAAUAACUUUGUCAGAAAUGAUCUUAAGUGACAGUCACCAAAGCACCUUGGGUAAUGCCUCUGCUCCCACAGCAUCAAAUUCAACCACUACACUUAAAGAGGACUGUUCUAAAGACCACUCAUCAAAGGUCCAAAAAAAUGAGAGUGCAGAGCCAGAUGCAAAGAAGGAUGGAAGCCCAAACAGGACAUUUGAAGGCAAUCCUGCUGUAGAGCCAGCUAAUGGAAGCGGUGGAUGUGAAAGCAAAGAUCUUUUACAAGCAGGACUGCCUGUGACUGACAGCCUUUCUGACCUCUCCAACCAUCAAAGCUCCGAUACAAUAACCAUCAAAGCUCGCUCAUUUGAUUUAGAUGAGACUUUAGAUUUAAGAGCCGAGUGCUUGACCACGUCUACGCCCAUGCCAAGCGGUAAAGUCUUCAACUUUGAAAACAAGCAAGAGGCGGGCAAAGUCCUGACGGUGCAGAAAAAACUGUAUGGAGAACCUCCUAAUAGGCCAUCUCACACAAUGCCAUCAAACAUCAUCUGUGAUCGUAAAACUUUCUUCAAGCAGUCUGCUGCUAAAUACAUUUACCUUCCUUCUAAAACCGCCGCCUCCCAUCUGCUGAAGGGCAAUCCAGCAGCAGUGGCGACGGGCCUGCCUGUGAGAAGUCACAGAACCGAAGGAGAACCAGUGAGAAGUGCUGCUGCUUCAGAGGAGCAACAGGCGAAAGCCUCAACAUCAAGCUGUUACAAUCUGCGAUCUUUAGCCUCCAAGCUGCCCAUCUCUGGCUUGCAGAGACCUCAGCCGAGUGGUCUUCCUGUUGGCCUCCCCGGAGCUUCACUGGGUCUAAGACCACGGAUCAAUACAGCUGCCUCUUCAAGUACGGAAAAACUCAGCGGAGCUACAGCUCCCAGCGCCGUCACAAAGCAUGCUCAAGGAAAAAAGCAUCCUCUAACUAAGGGAGAAGCUUUGCCUGUGUCGAAGAGGAAGAGGACUGAUACACUUCCAUCCAGCAACACUGAAGCUCCAGCAUCUGCCUGUGAUUCUGCAACCGGGGUCAAAAUGUCCAAACAGCCAAUAACCAGCCAAAGAGCUGCACCUGAUAGAACCUCCAAAACUGUGCCAGCAAGCACGGCUAAAACCGUAACAUCUUGUGACGCGAGCAGCAGAGGGAGAAGCCUGAGACCUCCUGGAGCAAACCAGAGAGCUCAUCUAGCUAAACCCCAAAUCCACGGUUGCGCCAAAUGUAGUGUGCUUGGGGAGAAAAUCAGACUGCAAUCAGAAGAAAUACAGAGGCUGAAGGAAGAGCUUCUUAAGUAUAAAACUCCAGUGGACUGCUGAAGACUCCCAUAAUUUUAAGAUACUAAAUGUUGUGUAAAUACUUAAAGAACAAAUUACGGAGAGUGUUAUAAUUUUACUUUAAAAAACCUACAGUAAAGAUAUUUUAUUUUUGGAACAUGAGUGUAAUGCAGGUUUACUCCAUAGCAUGUUUGUCUUUAACGGCACAUCUGUGCUGAAUGUUUUCAGCUUUUCAGUGUAGCAUGGACUCUCGUCUACAGGUAAAACAGCUGAAAUGCAUGACAAGAUUAAAGUUUCAUGAUUAACUGAAGGACACAAUGCUUUUUGGCUUUUAAUCUGUUUGCUUUUAAAGGACUGCCAACAUUUGAACUUUUCUUGUAAGUGUAGUGUGUCAAUCAGCAACUUUGACCUUUCAAACUGGGUAUUUAUCUGUAAUAUUGUGCUGUUAAUCUUUAUAUGUUUUGAAAACUCAAAAUAAAAUCUUCCAUGGAGCUGCAUGUAUUGCCAACACUGAAA